AUGUUCUCGCGAGACUCAUAUUACAAAAAGGAACAGAAACGUAUUAUCGAAGAGGUCGGAGAUUUACUCCUAGAGCUCGUUCUUCAAUUCCUUCCUCAUCUCCAGUUUCAUGAAUCUGCCCGGCUAGAUAUGUGGGAAGUCGUGGCCAUCAAGAUCAACAACCUGCGAGUGAGUCAGCAAGUGGCAGAGACACGAGGGGACAUCGAAAAAGUGGAGGAGAUUCCCCUACUCAAUGGUUUAUUUGUCACAGAGUUGUAUGAGAUGAUGAUGAAGGAGUGGAAGCAGAAGCACAUUUCUUUGAAUCCUCAUACUCAUCAGUGGACUCGCCCCGAAGAUAUCAAGGCAAGCAUGUCUACUCAUCGAGACGCAUUACUUUUUCAGUUGUACCAAUUGACUGGUUAUGGUUACGAGGUUAUGGCUGACCUAGCUAAAGAAAGACUUGAGGCAAGCCAUCGAUUGGUAUAUUCCAAAGAAUUUGAUGGUGGCGACGAUCAUGAGCCAACAACGCUGGCAGAGCUUUUGGCAAAGCAUCGAAAUAACCAAUCCGAUGUGAAGCUAGAGCUGCUCGAGAAGGAGUUGAAGAAGACACAACAAAAAUUAGCUCUUGUUGAAGCCGAAAACAAGCGAUUGUUGGAACUCAACCAUGAAUUAUUGCAACAGAUGGGCGGGAAGUCUCAUCAGUAA